CCUAGUGCCUUGUAUACUUGUACGGUACAACCAACUUUUACCCCUGUAUAUACAACACUUGCUGACUCAUAAUUUGCGACACUUCCAGAACACUUGAGAAAUCACAAAGCAGAAAAAUAUGCAGAGAACGGUGCAGCUAUUCUGCCCGUCGUUAUCCAAGGCGGUGCAGCUGGUGGCGCGUGACGAUCAGAGGCUCGAUCUCGGCUCUAUUGCCCGCUCAUUCGCCCUUGAUCCUGCUACUGUCAAGUUAAACGGCCACUUCAUUAGCAGAGGUGUCGACUUUAUCGCUUCUUCCGUCACCUGGAAAUCCUUAAUUUCCUUUUUCUCUUCACGAGGACUCUCCACCGGUACUGCUGGCUCUGCCGCUCUCGUUGUUGAUGGCAAGAUAUCGAAAUCCGGUUGUAAAAGAGCAAACGAUCCGGUGAACGGGAUUACCAGCACAAGCGAUGCGAGAUACAGUAACAUCAACAGAAAACCACUUUUUGAGGAUUCAAACUCAAAAGAUGUUGAUAGUGAAAGUAAUGCAUUCAGUUUGAAGAGAAAGCAAGAAGAUGCAAGUUGUUCUCUUAAAAGGCUGAAAUUAGACGAAUCAGUUUCAGGUUUGGGAAUGAAAGAACAUACUUGGCCUUCCAAAACACGAUUCACAUGCAGUUUUCUUGGCGUAAAUAUGAAACGGAGGAGAGAGGAUGAAACUGUUCUCCCAGCCUCUUGCAAAAAAUGUAGAUAGUAUAUGAAGACAGACAUCUAUAGUUCAAUUGUACUUUAAAUACCAAGUUCCAAUCCAUCUGUUUUGCUUCAACAUCAUAACCACCAGUGAGUGUUGGAAGUAAUUGUACUAAAAACGCAGCAACACACUGAUUUUUCUUUUUCUUAGAAGUAAUUGUACUAAAAACGCAGCGACACAAUGAUUUUUCUUAGAACUCGA